GCGGCGGCGGCGGCGGUGGCGGCUGCGGGCAGCGCGCAGGGCGCGGGGCGAUCGCCGUCGGGGCUCGGGCGGCGGGCAGUGGGCUCAGGCUCCCCGGUGCCCGCCCCUCCGCUGGAGGUGGGGGGCGCGAGCGGGCUGCCGGGGAGGGGCCGGCACCGCCGCCGCAAAAUGAGCCUGCUGUCGGCCAUCGACACCAGCGCCUCGGUGUACCAGCCGGCCCAGCUGCUCAACUGGGUCUACCUGUCGCUGCAGGACACGCACCAGGCGAGCGCCUUCGAUGCCUUCCGGCCCGAGCCGCCCGCCGGCGCUGCGCCUCCAGAGCUGGCUUUCGGCAAGGGCCGCCCGGAGCAGCUGGGCUCGCCCCUGCACUCCAGCUAUCUCAACAGCUUCUUCCAGCUGCAGCGCGGAGAGGCCCUGAGCAGCAGCGUGUACAAGAGCGCUUCGCCCUACGGCUCCCUCAACAACAUCGCCGACGGCCUCAGCUCCCUCACCGAGCACUUCUCCGACCUGACCCUGACCUCUGAGACCCGGAAGCCCAGCAAGAGGCCCCCGCCCAACUACCUGUGCCACCUGUGUUUCAACAAAGGACACUACAUCAAGGACUGCCCCCAGGCACGCCCCAAAGGCGAGGGUCUGACCCCAUACCAGGGCAAAAAGCGCUGCUUCGGCGAGUACAAGUGUCCCAAGUGCAAGAGAAAAUGGAUGAGCGGGAACUCCUGGGCCAACAUGGGGCAGGAGUGCAUCAAGUGCCACAUCAACGUGUACCCGCACAAGCAGAGGCCCCUGGAGAAGCCCGACGGCCUGGACGUGUCCGACCAGAGCAAGGAGCACCCCCAGCACCUGUGCGAGAAGUGCAAGGUGCUGGGCUACUACUGCCGCCGAGUGCAAUGACCGCCUCCGCCUCCGCCGGCCAGAGAGGACCCGCCCCGUGUUCGUCCGUGUUGCUGCAUGUCCCCAUGUGUGUGGGGGAGUCCUCACAGGCAUGCGGGUCUGGGCAGGGGGACUUAGGUUCUUGUCUCAUGUGUGUUGACAAACAGUGUUACUGACAUAGCUGCCCCGCAGAAGGUGGGGUCUCUGGGACUCUCCAGGUGGGCUGAGUCUGUGGGGGGCCUGGGGGCGAGCAGGGGUCGAUGCACAGAACCCACAAAGCCCUCGGGGUCCCCUGCAGGCUCUCCUCCUCUGAGACCCCUUUGGUGAGCAGCCUUGCAUUGGCCACAAGUGCACUAAAUUUACUGUGAAUCCCAAAGCCUGUGGGGGUUGUCUCCCCAAAACCAGCCGGCGCCUUCUCCUCCCCUGGGCCUUCCAGGCUGCCCCGUGAGCAAAGCACCCUCAGAGAGCCCCGUUUCUGUGUCCCAUUCAGGUCAGCAGUCACGGCGAGCUGAUACCUGUUCUAGCAGCUGCUGGGAGUGGGCCUCUCUGCCCCUCGCCCACUUUGAACCCCAAACCUGACUGCCUCUGACGUCACUGGUGUUACACCCGGGUUCUGCAUCCCCCCUCCCCAAAGACCCAGAGGUCAGGGACGGGGAGGCUGUGAAUGUUGGACAGAGUCCCAAGGUGUGGCCUGGGGCACACCAGGCAUCGCCUCCCCCCCACACACACUUUCCCCACGUGCUUGGAUUAGUCAGCCCGUUCCCUUUCCUUCUCCUUCACCUCCCACCCACGGCCCAUCCCCGAUGGAGGUAGUAGGGCCCUGUGUGGCAGGAAGGGCAUGGGUCUGGCAGUCUGCAGACCUUUGUUCAAGUGCUGGCCCUGCCGCUGACCAAGUAUGGAACUUGGGGAGGACGUCUCGUCUCCGGGCCUCAGUUUCCCCUUUAGUUCAGUGAGUGACACUAGUAAGCAGGGGCGGGGGGCGCCUCCUGGGCACAGGACUGAAUUUGGAGGGUGUCACCAGGUCCCGCACUCACACCACCCCCCAUCAGUCCAUCACUGAAGUCAAACCAACGGAUGCCAGCCCCAUCCCUUCCUGUUGUCCCCACCACCUUGCACGGGGCAACCCCAAGGCACGCUGCAGAACCUCUCCUCCCGGGGGAGCGGGAGGACCACCCCCUUCAGGGAGGAGCCUGUGUUGAUUGUCGUGCGUCCUUCCUUUCUCCCAGGGACAGGGAGAAAGCUAGUUGUCAGGACCCAGUCACUUUUGCCCCAACAUUAUGCCUCUGUGGGAAAAAGUCAGACCACGAAACGGGCCUGCAAUCCAGUGUUUACCACGGCUCAGGGACACCCAGCCGGGGUCCAGUGCCUUUGUUUUCAAAUGAAAAUGUUUGUACAGCUGAGGAGUUACAGUCAAGUUAACCAGGGGUCCAGGGAGCAAGUCGAGAAGAUGGAGUGAGUGUAUUUGAAGUCAGGGGGGGGGCUGCAGAGUAGAUUUCAGGGGGUCACGGCCUCUGAGCACUUAAAAGGGGGAUAUUUGCUCCAACCUGAGCCCCAAAGCUGCCUCCCUCCUACCCACAGCAACCAUGCCCGGCCGUGGCUGUGACCACCUUCCCCGCCACUGGGAAUGCCACUGGGAGUCCUCGCCCAGCUGUUUCCGGCUGUCUCCACCGGGUCAAAGCGAGCGGAGUCGCCCAGGCUGGAGGCACUGUGCCCCCAGGAGAAGCUGUCGCUGCCAGUCAUCCUGGUGCACAGCCAAAGACAGUGCUCCCGGUGGUGGGCAGUGCGCUUGUCCGGCUGCCAGCACCAGGCCCCAGCCCUUCCAGGGACCUGGCCCCACAGGGGGACGUUGGUCCCAGGAUGCUGGGAGCUGCCAAAUCUGCUGCAGAGGUGGGGGAAGCCCGAACCCUAAAAGAGCCGGGACUCCAGGCUGCCGGAGGCCAGGGCCUUCCACGGGCCAACAGGAGAUGGGCUAUCACCCCACCGUGACCUUCCCAAGUGGGCUUGUCCAGCUGGCAGCCGUUGCCCCUGCCAUCUGUGCCCAGCUGGCCAUGGGGGCUGGGCCCCCUGCACCCUCUCCUGUAUGGUUCUGGCGGAACUUGGGAGCUCUCUGUGGUCAGCAGAAGCCUCAGAUGCCCAGGCUGGCUGCCGUGGGAAUGAAGUGCUCAGAGGCCUGGGAGCCCAGGGCACGAGCAAGUGUGUGGUUGAGUACGUUCAAAAGGGACAAUCGCUUGUAGUGAGUAGGUCUAGUGAUGUAGCUGGGAGAUAACAGUGUUUACCCCAUUGAAGUAUUCAGUAGUUCUACUUGUGAAUUUGUAUUUAUUUUGAGUUAUACUUGACACAGAAUUCCUUUUUUAAAAGACAAAUACUAUUUGUGUAUUUUGAAGAAAAAAAUCAUAGAUGUUAAAAUUUCUGCAUAGUUACCAAUUAUUCUCACAACACUGAAUUUGUUACCUUCUGAAAAAUCCUCACAGUGAUUUUUGUCUGUAUAUAUUGGAAGGCCUUUUUAAAAAAAAAAAGAAAAGAAAAGAAAAAAAUAAUUGUUUGAUUUUUGACAUUAAAAACAAACAAAAAGAGGCAUUUUCAAAACUUCAGAGCUUUUGGGAGGGCAAUAGAAUAUCAAACAAAAUGUCUGGAAGUAUUUUGCAAACCUUCUUGUUGAGGUGCAAGAAAAUAUUUAUGGUGAGAACUUUUCUCUCCUGGGGUUUUUUUUUUUUUCCGUUUGAUUUUUUUUUUUUUUUUUUUACUAUACUUUGGUCUGUAAAAAGUAUGCAACUGAACUACAUUAAGAAGGAAAUAUUGUCUCCAUAGAAUAUUAUAUGAAGUUGGUACAUAAUUCUGACGAGGGAAAAAAAAAAAACCUUUGCAAUUCUUUAAGCCAUAUUGUUGCUAUUCUGUGUUUUCUUUUCCUUGGAUGAAAAUAUCAGUAUUAAGUAGCCAGCAUAUUAUCCAAGUGCUUAGACUCAUUGGUAUGUGUCUGUCCUGUAUUUAUACAUAUGUGUAUCUGGAAAGUAUUGCCUUCUUAAGGGAAGCUAUUCUUAGGUAUGUAGUGAAAGGGGGAUGGUGACCCCUUUGAGCCUCCUCAGCUGAGGAUAACAAACAGCAUUGUAAUCCGUCCCCUUGCACCUUCUUAUUAUUCCCUUGUUAUUAUGGUUAUUAGUUUAGUAGGGGGUAAGGAGGUGGGCUAGGGGAGGAAGGGGCAUGUGACUAAAUAGCCCCCUGUGGCCAGCCCUGUGGCCUUGGCCUGGGGAAGGGCCGGGUCAGCAGGGCCCCAGGAGGGCGAGAGGAAUGGAGGCAGUCUUCACACCCCUCUGGGUGGCCAUCUGAGCCAUGCCUCGGGGCCCCAGGCUCUUUGAACUUGGAUUUGUCAACCAGAGCCCUCACUUGCCCUCUAACGUCUAAUAGACUUGAAUCUAUUCUAAAUGAGUAUUUAACCAACAUCACUACAUUGUAGCCCAGCGCAACAACAGCCCUGAGGUGUGGGAGGUGUCCCCGGGGCUGGUGGCAGCAGCCUUGCUGCUCUCCGCUGCCAACCUCGCCGCUCACCUCCUCCACUGCCGUGGGGUGACCUGUCCGUGUCUGUAUCCAUUAAUGCGUGUGUGUCCAGCUAAAAAGACAAAUGGCCCGUGGGCCCAGCUCGGAGAGCACGGCAAGGCUCCCGACCUCUCCGAGGGUCGCCCUCGGGAUGGCAUUCCGUUGUGUGCCUUAUUCCUGGAGAAUCUGUAUGCGACUUGCCCAUAGAAAUAGAGUCUUUUCCUGCGGUAUUAAAGGACUUUAAAGGCC